AUACUGGAUAAGACGAUGCAGGACACAACCAGCGAGGUCAGCGAUCCGGCACCGUCGCAUCCGGAGCCGGAGCUCAUCAUCAGCUGCCACCGGGAACAGCGGCAUCAGCGGGAUCAGCGGGAUCAGUGCGAACGGUAUCAUCUCCCGAGGGAUAGUAUCAUCACCAGAUCACAAUCCUCGGCGUCGACGACGCCGCAUGCUCCAGUGCAUCAACUGAAGCAGCAGCAAUCCCUGCCAAAUCCACCGCCCACGCAGCAUCACACCAGCCACAAUCACAAUCCGCACGCCUCCAAAUCCGUCUCGAUCCUGGUCUAUAAGACCCUGAAUACGGUCUUCAAGAGCAGCCGUAAGAUCAUAGUGCGUGUGUGUGAGGUGGCCAGCGCCAAGAAGUCCUUCACCAUGUUCAAGUUCAACAAGGCCGCCCAGCAGCAGCGGAUCGACAAUAGGGCCAGUGCCGUCACAGGACAUGACCCCUUUGUGCGGCCGCCAGUGCCCGAAAAGAAAGUGAAGCACAUUAUGAAGAAGCUGCACAAGGCGAAUGGCCUGAAACGCUCCAAUUCAGCAAUUGAGUUCGAUGUCUCGGCUUUGACGGCCGCCAAUCGUCGCCAGAUUUAUAGUAGCAAUCGGUCGGCGAGCUCGGAGCAAGAUAACUCAGAUCAAUCCGAGCACUCGGAGAAAUCGCCGCUGGUUAGCGCGAGGUUAGACAAUCUAGCUAGGCUCUUCUUUAGCAAGUCGAUGCCAGCGGAAACCGGAAGUAGAGAUACCAUAGAUUCAGUACUGAAUACAAGGCCCAACAUCAAGUAUCAGUAUUCCGCCUUGGACAGCGGCAAUGGGAUCGUGGAGCGGAGUCCCAGGGAGCGGGCCCAAAGGGAGAGCCUGAAUGCCACCCAGGAAUGGAUUCAGAGUGCCAAUGGACGUUACGAGGUGAUAGCUCAUCUGGAUGAGAUCGGUUAGCAUGGCAAGAACUGGUUUCUGGUCACAGAUGCUUCGGUAGGUCGCACAGAUCGUCUGUUGACUUUGCUACCUCUGCCCCCCGACUGCGGCUUUGAGGAUCUGCCGCCCAAUGAGUGUGAGGAGAUCCUUAUGGAGCUCCUAGGUUCACUGCAUCAUCCUUACAUAUAUCCCGUGCUGGAUCUGGGCUUCUUGCGGAACAGCUCGCAUAACUAUGCCUGCCUGGUGACGCCCUUCAACUCACGCGGCAGCCUCAAGGAUCUCAUAUAUAAAGCACAGUGGAACGAGCCAUGGGCCAAAAAGUACACGCGUAAGCCAAAUGGUUUGCCAGUGAGCCAAGUGCAGCGCCUGGGGCGUCAAAUCCUGGAGGCCUUGCUCUUCCUAAAGGAGCGCGGCUUUCCGCUUCAUGGUCACCUGCACAGCGGCAAUGUCAUCCUGCAGAAUGGGGCAGCCAGGUGA